CCUACGCUGCUUGUAGUAGCCUUCCUUCCCUCUCCCGUGACGGGUAAGAUGGCUGCGUCCGCGAGGAGUGUGCUGAGUCUCUCGGCCUGGGAUACUGGCCGCAUUUGGGGGCGGCACUCCGUCCUCGUGGCCAAGUGCUUGUGUUCCGCUACUGCCGCAGCUCAACCUUUGAGUGCUCAGCAGCUAGCAGAGAACCUGCGAGCCAAGAAGCAAGAACAAAAAGCGAAGGAGAGGGAGGUGCCUAGAGACCCUGUUCAGAGGAGAGUGCAGGAGCUGAAACGGUAUACUCAGCAGCUACAGAAUGUCCACCCCAAUGUGUUAUCUAAAGCAUUGAAGAGAGGGAUCCUACAUCAAGACAAGAACCUUGUUGUCAUUAACAAGCCAUAUGGUCUGCCUGUGCAUGGUGGCCCAGGGGUCAAGAGCUGUAUCACCGACAUCCUGCCUAUUUUGGCUAAGAUGUUAUAUGGCGACAAAGCAGAGCCGUUGCACCUCUGCCAUCGUCUGGACAAGGAGACAACAGGAGUGAUGGUGUUGGCACGGGACAAGGAGAUGGCUUACCAAGUCCAAGAGCUGUUUAAAACCCGGCAGGUGGCAAAGAAGUACUGGGCCAUCUGUGUGGGGGUCCCCGUUCAUUCAGCAGGGAUGAUAGAUAUCCCUAUAAUUGAGAAGGAGGUGCAAGGCCAGCAGAAACACCAUAAGAUGACAUUGGCACCCAACUACCGCAUGGAGAAUGGGAAAACCAUGAAGGUCCGUCCAAACAGGCACGCUCAUGUUGCUGUGACCCAGUAUCAGGUGCUAAGCAGCACUCUGUCCUGUGCCCUCUUAGAGCUGCAGCCCAUCACAGGGGUUAAGCAUCAACUUCGAGUCCACCUAGCCUUUGGAUUGGGGUGUCCAGUCCUUGGGGAUCACAAAUAUUCUGACUGGAACAAGUUGGCUCCCCAGAAAUUGUCUGUUGGCAUCCUGAAGAAACUGGGUCUGGAAAAGACAAAGACCCGUUACCUUCCUCUCCACCUGCAUGCCCAGCAGCUGAUCCUACCUUCCCUGAGCUCUGAAAAUCAGGAACUUAACUUGGUUUGCAAGCUCCCCAAGUUCUUCGUGCAUUCUUUAUCACAUCUAAGACUGGAAAUCCCUGAGAAAGACUGAGAUUAAAGUGAGGUACUGAAUAGAACAUGGUAUGGGACAAUUGGACAAUUUUUCAUUGGGCCCAUUGGCUUUGCUCUCUCUUGGAGCCUGUAUUCUGUGAAGCAAGAAAGUUCAAGAGAUGACUCUCCAGGAGGAGGUCUUCAUCGUCCUCCAGAUACUUUUGACUUUGAAGUUGGAGCUGCUGGGUGGGUUGACUUUCCGUGGAAUUAGAAUCCAGCAUCCAGAUGUACAAAGGACAAAUAUGAUGGGCUGAAGAUUCUGAGUUAUUUCAGGUUCUCUUAUAUAAAACAAAGCUUACUUUCUGAUAAGGUCAGCAGGUCGUGGAGAUGCUUGUUUUGUGGGUUUGUAUUAUCCUCUCACUUCACUGGAACAGAAGAACCCAGCUAAGCUAGGCAGACUGGUAUAAGUGGGGAAAAUUAAAUAUAGAUAAUCCCCAAGGACAGAAACAAGAACCAAAAACUAUAUUCUUCCUAUAAUAAAAUUCUUAUUUAAACUGUA